AUGAAGAAGCUGACAGCUCCAGCUGACACUGAGGAGGAGGAGGAGGAGGAGGAGGAGGAGGAGGAAGAGCUCCCAGAAACAGAAGGAAGGAGGAGAGACGAACACGCAGCAGGAUUUACAGCAGCAGGUAAAACUCCAACAGUUUCUUAUUUCUCUUUAAACAUCAGAAAUACUUUAAUAAUCUCAGAGCAAAUACAGGAAAAGAGAUAAAAGAUCAAAUUAAAAUAUAGAGAUAAUAUAAUAAUACUUACACUACAAACAACACGAACAGUGAGACGUUUUCGACAUUUACAGAGUUUUCAGUAUUCAACAAUCAUCAGGAUAAAAUCAUGUUUUAAAAAAGUGACAUUUUCACUUUUUAUUCACGGAAAUCAGAAAAAGUUCUUUAGACCCUUGAGAAGAACAUCUAUGAGAAGAACAUCUAUGAGAAGAAGUACAUCUAUGUUUUACUCAGACUGACGUGUCUCAGCUCUCAGAUUUUUUACAGAUCAAUAUUUAUAUUUUCAGACUAAAACCAUCGAUCAAAGAUAUCAAUCAGUCAAAGUAUUGAUGAGGUGGGACGCUCUUCUGUGACACGUUUAGUUCUCCUGAUGACUCUCAGUCAUGAUGACCCCUGAGGUCGGACAUGUGGACUUUUAUCACAGUCAACACCGUCACUGUGAGAUUGAUUGAUUGAUUGAUUGAUUGAUUAUUUUAAACCCACAGUUUUAAACCUCGGUGUAAAAGUUGACACUGAUUUUAAAUUCUGUUGUUAAUCCAGUUUUUAUCAUCUGAGGUUUUUCUCCAAAGUUAAAUCGGUUUUUAUCUUUUAAUGAUUUUAAUAAAGUCCUUCCUGUUUUUGUUUCCGCUCUCUGAUUGGUCGACUGUAACUCUCUCUACGUCGGCGUUCAUCAGGUUUCUCUCUGCUGCUCGUCUUUUAACAGGUAAAUAAAAACAUGAUCACAUCACGACGAUUCUGGCGCCGCUCCAUCGGCUUCAUGUUCAUUUUAGAAUCAUUUUAAAAUGUUCUUGUUUGUCUUUAAAUCUUUAAACGGAUCAGAACCACAGCACAUCUCAACCUCUUCAAUGUUUAUACCCUUAAGGUCAGCUGAUCAGCUCCAACUCCUCGUCCCUAAAACUCGUUUAAAAAGCGACUCUUUCUACGUUUAAAUCACGUCUUCAAACUCUUUUUUAUAUUUUUGAGCUCAGCGUGAGAGUUUGUCUGAUCUCUUUUAUCACUUUUAUUCUUUUGUGUUUUUAUUUCAUUUUAAAUGUUUUUUUCCUGCUUUUGAUGUUUUUCUGUCUGAUCUUUUAUUUUCUUGAGCAGAACUUUGAUGAACUUGAACGUUUGUUCAAAUGUGACGUAGAAAUAAAGUGGAUUAGAUAUUUAAUCUAACAGUGUGAGGGAACCACGACCUGCUCUCACUGUGUCUGUGUUCGAGUGUGUGUCAGUGAUGUGUGUGUGUGUGUGUGUGUGUGUGUGUCUGCGGCUGACAUCUCCAUGGCAGCCUCCUUCACGGAGCUGCAGCCUCUCUGUGGGAACACAGCAGCAGGACGUCUGCGGCGUUCAGCUGUUCCUGAAGGAUGGAGGACUCAGUGAUGUCACUCAGACCGUUUCUGGGUUUGGACUCAGCAGAACCAUCAAAGACAGAGUCCAGACCGGGCAGACAGAACCAGUCCACGAUGAGGGUCAGGGUCAGGGAGGUAACAGGUCACAUGAUCCAACGAAACACAGCGACACUAAAGUUUCUGAGACAUUAAAGGACUAUUACACUAAUUUACCCCCCCAUUGAUUAUUGAUUAUUGAUUAGUUUAGCAGGAUCAGGCCUUGAGCACCAGAGCAAUAGAGGUCCAGAUCUAUCAAACCAGGCAAGAUCCCAGGGCUGAGCAAAGAGGGCCCUGAAACAGUCCAGAGACGCUGGCAGGAAAAGCAAACAUGGAACGCCAUAACCAAGUAGGCGGUGAAGUUUACGGGAACAUCUGAGCAGAACAUGGACAGGAAACCUGAGGUCAAGCACCUCCCAAGGUGAUGGAGAACGACCGAGCCAAGACCCUGAGGGACUACAGACCGACAAAAUAGUGAUGGCCAACCAACCGGGGAUCGUAAUCGUAGACAAACAGAAGAGUAGAGCCGUUGUGGUCGAUGUCGCCAUCCCAAGUGAAACCAACAUCAGAAAGAAGAAACAUGAGAAACUAGAGAAGAACCGAGGGCUCAAAGAGGAGACAGAGAAAGGCUGGAAGGUGAAGGAAACAGCGGUGUGUGUGGUCAUCGGGGCAGAAACUCCAGAGUGGCUCCAACAGAUCUCUGAGGAAACAUCAGAAACAUCUCAGUCCUGAAGAGUGAAGUCCUGGGAACAGCAAGGAUACUGUGCAGGACCCUCAAGAUCCCAGCCCUCUGGUAGAGGACCAGAACUUGAAGAGACACAAUACGGCCCAGGGUGGGCGAGAGAAGAGUUUUUAUAUAUAAAGUUAUUUUCUUUUCCCCCACUCCUGGGUCAUGUGAGUCCUCCCUGGUUCAGACUCCGGGUCCUCAGAACCAGAAUCUGUCAGAUUAUGAGUAAAGAUGAUUAAAGCUGACUCCAAUAUUUCUGAUCUCCAUCUGAAUUCACUUAAAAUCAGGACUUUGUGACAGUUCUUCAGAACCACUGCACUAAAUAAAGAUAACAUGUAAACUCCAGGACCGCUCUGACUGACCUUCUUCUCUACAUGCAGCUGUCAAACCUACUUUACCCUCCAUCACUAACAUCAGCCUGAGAACACGAGUCUGUAGGAAAAAACAGGUUUAGGAUCAGAGAAACAAAUCUGUCUUCAAAGACGUCAAAGGAAACACUGAAGAUACUCAGAGACCCGUGAUCCUCAGACAAACACAACAUCAUGAAGAUCAGCUAAAAACAGGUUUGGUCAAAAUCAGCCGGAGAUCGUCUUCUGGGGUUAAAGGAAACAAAAGAGGACCCAGGAUGGCGCCCUGAGGAACCUCUCAGCCCUGAAGAACGACCUUCUGUUGAUUCUGUAUCUGGUCUGGUCAUGGAUGUGGUUUGAGAAGGUUUGUGAUGGUCCAGCAUUCAGAGCUGUACUUCCUGUCCUUCCUCAGACAGCAUGAGUCUGGACGAGGACACCCGCUGGCUGGAGUGGGUCACCAAACAGUUUGAGAGCAUCGCCGGAGAGGACAAAGAGAUCGACAUCGACGAGUUCAAGACGGCCCUGAAGGUCAAAGAGGUGAGAAGGACCGACCGGACUCAAGAGGUUCAGUUCUAACCCCCAGAGUAGAGUGCGGGUCUUCCUCUGUGGGGGUCCAGGUCUUUCCUGAUGAGGUCUCUCGUUGUGUCCUUGCAGUCUUUCUUCGCGGAGCGUUUCUUCGCUCUCUUCGACUCGGACGGCAGCAGCUCCAUCAGUCUGGACGAGCUGCUGGAGGCUCUGGACCUCCUGAUCCACGGCACAGAGACCGACAAACUCAAGUUCCUGUUCCAGGUCUACGAUGUGGACGGUCAGUGCCCCCCAAACCCAGACCCUGUCCCCUUAUCAUGUGUAGCCGAGUCUGCGUCUUUAGCCGACCGAUGAAGACUCUCAUGAACUCUUUCAAACCAGGAAGUGGGUCCAUCGACCCCGACGAGCUGAGGACCGUCCUCAAGUCCUGUCUGCGUGAGAGCGCCAUCUCUCUGCCGGAGGAGAAGCUGGACGACCUGACGCUGGCGCUGUUCGAGUCGGCCGAUAAAGACAACAGCGGCGCCAUCACCUUCGAGGAGCUGAAGGCCGAGCUGGAGAACUUUCCAGAAGUCAUGGAGAACCUCACCAUCAGGUCAGAACAUCUCUCCUCUCCUUCCUCCUGUUUCCUCUCUCCUCUCCUCUCUCCUCUCCUCUCUCCUGUCUCCUUUCUCCUUCCUCUCUCGUCUCCUCUCUCCUCUCUUUUCUCCUUUUUCCUCUCUCCUUUCUUUUCUCCUGUUUCCUCCUCUCUCCUCUCCUCUCCUCUCCUCUCUCCUUCCUCUUGUUUCCUUUCUCCUGUUUCCUCUCUCCUGUCUCCUUCCUCCUUCCUCUCUCGUCUCCUCUCUCCUCUCCUUCCUCCUCUCUUUUCUCCUGUUUCCUCUCUCCUCUCCUCUCACCUUUCUCCUGUCUCCUGUCUCCUUUCUCCUUCCUCUCUCGUCUCCUCUCUCCUCUCUUUUCUCCUUUUUCCUCUCUCCUUUCUUUUCUCCUGUUUCCUCUCUCCUCUCCUCUCCUCUCCUCUCUCCUUCCUCUUGUUUCCUUUCUCCUGUUUCCUCUCUCCUGUCUCCUUUCUCCUUCCUCUCUCGUCUCCUCUCUCCUCUCUUUCCUCCUUUUUCCUCUCUCCUUUCUUUUCUCCUGUUUCCUCUCUCCUUUCCUUUCUCCUGUUUCCUCUCUCCUCUCCUCUCCUCUCCUCUCUGCUUCCUCUUGUUUCCUCUCUCCUUUCCUCUCACCUUUCUCCUCUCUCCUGUCUCCUUCCUCCUUCCUCUCUCGUCUCCUCUCUCCUGCUUCCUCUCUCCUUCCUCUUGUUUCCCCCCCUCCUUUCCUCUCUCCUGUCUCCUUCCUCCUUCCUCUCUCCUUCCUCCUGUUUCCUCUCUCCUCUCCUCUCCUCUCCUCUCUCCUUCCUCCUGUUUCCUCUCUCCUCUCCUCUCCUCUCUCCUGUCUCCUCCUCCGAGGGUUUAACCCCGCCCCCUCUCCUCCCCAGCGCGGCGAACUGGCUGAAACCUCCUGACCUGGACCAGAAGAAGCGUCACGCCCCUCGGUACCUGACCCGGGCCUACUGGCACAAUAACAGCAGGAAGCUCCUGUUCCUGGUUCUGUACGCCUGCCUGAGUCUGCUGCUCUUCGUCGGCGCCGUGCUGCAGCACCGACAGGGCGGAGUCUGGUUCAUGGUGGCCAAAGGCUGCGGACAGUGUCUCAACUUCAACUGCACCUUCGUCAUGGUAAGACCGCCGUGACCAUCUACAGAUACGCUCUCAGAAAAAAGGUGAACUGGUCCUUUAACGCCACGUUUCCGUGUUCAUGGAAAGGGUCGUCGUCAUGACAACAGCGUCUCUCUCUGCAGAUGCUGAUGCUGCGGCGCUGUCUCACCUGGCUCAGGGCCACCUGGGUGGUCCGGGUCUUACCUCUGGACCAGAACAUCCUGCUCCAUCAGAUCGUGGGCUACGCCAUCCUCUGCUACACGCUGGCGCACACCACCGCCCACAUCCUCAACUUCGGUACUUCAUCACGGUUUACACUCUGACCUUUGACCCCGUCGCCCCCACAUACAUGAUACCAUAGAUCUAUUUAUAAACUCUAGAUGUCUUACGCACGCCGUUAGCCAGUGGAGACAGACGUCCGCGGAUGUCGGCCAUCUUUCUUCAGGCAGCUCGCCGACUCAUCAGGAUGAAAAUUUGACUGUUUUUAAUUUUUCAAUCAAUUAAAUAAAUUAACGUCUGCAGGAUCAAACAGAGGUGUGUGUGUGUGUGUGUGUGUGUGUGUGUGUGUGUGUGUGUGUGUGUGUUUCAGUGCAGCUGUCACACAGCAGUGAGUUCACUCUGUGGGAGUACCUGUUCACCACGCGGCCCGGGAUUGGCUGGGUGAAGGGGACGGCGUCGGUGACGGGGGUCGUCCUGCAGGUGGUCAUCUGUCUGAUGGUUCUCUGCUCCAGCACCUUCGUUCGCCGCAGCGGACACUUCGAGGUGAAGACCUGGACUUUAGGUCCCUCCUUGUUUUAUCGUCCUUGAAUGUUUGAGUCCGUCGGUUUGAUCGUUUAUUCGCGUUUGAACGUUUGACCUUCUCCUUGUUCCAACCAUGGUCCCUCCUGGACUCUUUUGUGGUUCUCCAGUGAGAAUCCUGUGAUCGGCUCCCUCUAGUGUCUACAAACGUAACUGCAGCAAGAAAACCAAAACCUACAGUUUGUGUGUGUGUGUGUGUCUGUGUGUGUGUGUGUGUGUGUGUCCCUGCAGGUGUUUUACUGGUCUCACCUGUCUUACGUGUGGGUGUGGUCUCUGCUGGUGGUCCACUGUGCUAACUUCUGGAAGUGGUUUGUGGUUCCUGGUCUGGUGUUCCUGUUGGAGAAGAUCGUGGGGAUCGCCGUGUCCCGUAUCGGGGGGCUGUACAUCGUGGAGGUCAACCUGCUGCCGUCAAAGGUGAGGAGUUCUGGAUCUGGACUGGUUUGAUGUUUGAUAUAAAGGCCUGGUACCUUCAGCAACCAGAUCACAGCUCAGCCCGUAUUAGAGGAUUUACGGUAGUACACUCUUUACCCCCGUACAGGUGACUCACCUGGUGAUCAAGCGUCCUCAGUUCUUCCACUUCAAACCAGGAGACUACGUCUACAUCAACAUCCCCGUCAUCGCCAAGUACGAGUGGCACCCGUUCACCAUCAGCAGCGCUCCAGAGCAGUCAGGUACCCACCCCACCUCUGGGUCCAGGUCCCGGGUCCCGAGUUUGAACCUCGGGGGGGGUCAACCUUAGGGGGUCUGAACCUGGACCCACAGAGUCUGUCGUGCUGCACACAGCUGAGUCCAGAUCCGUGUCUGUGCAGAGUUAAAGGGAUAUUCCGACACUUUCGAACCCCCGACCUCCACCUUCAUCCUGAUCGUCUCCUAAAAGGUCGUAUCCUCCGAUCGUAGCUGAUCGUAACCAUUCAAGUUAACGUGUCAAUUUACACCGACUUCUUUCCGUCGGACGCCGGAGCAUGGCGGAUAAAUUCAGCACAGAUUAACCCGUGCUGGAAAGGAAGUCGGGCACAGACUUCAAAAUAAAACAUCCGGCUUCUUUUCAAAAUAAAACACUCCGUGUUUCAGGAGGAUCGUAUUUCACACCAUGCAAACGGGCGGAGACGAACAAGUGAAAGGUUUUUAGACGUCAUUUCACCCCGAUGACACCAUGGAUGAGGAGAUGCUGAUUCUAGAAGUCUAGAAGUAGAUUUCCUCCUCUGGAAGGACACAAUCUACUGCUUAUAUGUCUAUGUGUCUGUCUUUAGAGAGACAACUCGUUAUCGUGUGAUUGAACGUGAAUCUGCGGGUUCUUGAGAGUUCUUACGAUUCCUGCGUCUGUAAUCCGCCACAAAAUUCGCCUCACCAACAGAUAUGGUAGGAAAUGGCGAAAAAUUGUCGCUGUUCCGGAUGCGGUGAAAAUUGGGGAUGAGUCACAUGACGUCAGUAACGAGUGUUUUAUCGGUCAGGGCGGACCUGCAGGGAAGCUGGACUUCAGGUCCAAAAAUCCUCGUUGUCUCUUUUUAGUUCUUCUCUCUUCAGUCCUUGUUGUUGUGGGUUUGAUUACGGCCUCAUGUGGACACUUGAGGAACUGCAGUUUUUGUUUUUCUUCUUCAUGACUCGAGGUUUCCACGUGUCUCUCCUCCUUCAAUAUUACUGCACCGACACGUUAAUAACAAACUCGACAUUUUACAUCAGAGCAUUAUUUAAUGUUUGUGUGUGACCUUUGACCUUCAGACUCUUUAUGGCUCCACAUCCGCUCCAUGGGUCAGUGGACGAACCGUCUCUACGAGUAUUUCAGACAGCCGGAGAGCGAGAUGGUCAGCCCCAAACGACUCGCCACCAGCCUGAAGAACCGCCGACAGCUGCUGAGAGCGCAGGUUUAAAGAACCACUCAGUGAUUUAUGACGUUAGAAAAGUUCUGAGGGGGCGGAGAGGAAAUGACCUGUUUUUCUGUCAGGAGGAGUUAUUCAGCUCUGCAGACUGUGGUGGCGCUGUCGCUUCGAACGAGGAUGACGCCGUCGAGCUGAUGAUGUACCGUCAGAAUGGCUUCCUGUCCGAUGUGGCCCCGCCCCCGACACCUGGAUCCUCAGGGCCGGCGGAGCCUCCUCCAGAUGAGCUGGGGCCGGCGGAGCGAGGAGAGGCCCCUCCCAUCAGAGAGGUCGGGAGGCGGAGAAAAGUCGGAUUAUUUGACUGCAGAUGAAAUUCAUAAUAAUCCGAUUUUUUUAAUCGGCAGGUUUCAGUGAAGUUCGGAGAAAAUCACCGAUUCUGCAACAUCAAGGUGAGAAAACCCCGAAGUCAGCGUCAAAGACCUUCACUCAGGUAAAUCAGCAGGUCGACCAUCCAGACCAGAGUCCUGCUGUCUGACCUGCUCCAUGGUCAAAGAGAGGGGGCGGAGCUACAACAGUCAGACGUUAAACCAGUGAGUUAACAGGAGAGAGAAAGUUCUCAAACAGGCUCUAAACUGAGAGUGUGUGUGUGUGUGUGUGUGUGUGUGUGUGUGUGUGUGUGUGUGUGUGUGUGUGUGUGUCAGUGUUAUGUAGACGGGCCUUACGGGACUCCGACCCGGCAGAUCUUUGCCUCUGAACACGCCGUCCUGAUCGGAGCCGGUAUCGGCAUCACGCCGUUCGCCUCCAUCCUGCAGAGCAUCAUGUACAGGUGAGAAGGUCGACCUUUACAGAGUGACCUUCUGUCUUUAACCUGCACUCUCUCUCAUGACCAGCAGGGGGCGUCUGACUCUCUGAUAAAGUGGUCCUCCUCCUGAUGGGUUCAUGGUCUCAGUCUCCAGUUUACUAGUGAUGGAAGAUCAGUUCUUUUGACUGAAUCUUUAGAAUUGAUUCAUUAAAAUGAUUCGUUCAAAAGAGUCGUUCACUGAAUCAGGCACGGAAAGAUGUUUGUGCUUUGUGUUCAUGCGGGUCACUUCACGGACGCAGUCGUUGUUGUAACGUGAACGACCGCACGAAAGAUCGGAUUUAACAAAAAAUCCGAAGAGUGCGUCAGAACCUGCAGAGUGAACGUAGACUUGGAUCCAGGAGGAUCUUCAUCCAGUGAAUUCGGUCCAUCGAGGGUCACCCAGACCAGGAAGUGAAGGAAGGGCCAGACAGGAGAUACCAGGUGUGUACAGGUCCCUGCUGGGUCCAGGUUCUGAGUCCGGUCUCCUUGUGCUGCAGGUACCGGAGGAGGAAGCAGAACUGUCCGAGCUGUAACUACUCGUGGUGUGAGAACAUCAAAGACAGCGAGAUGAAGCUACGAAAGGUGAGAGCGGACCGCAGAUCUUUAACCUGUGAUGGUCACAUGAUCAAUUAGAAACCGAGCUCUUGGUCUGGACCCUGCAGGUGGACUUCAUCUGGAUCAACAGAGACCAGAAGUCCUUUGAGUGGUUCGUCAGCUUGUUGACCAAACUGGAGAUGGACCAGGCCGACGAGGAGCCUGAAGGUCUGAAACACAGAACCACAGUCCGUCCAAUCAGGUUCUUACGGGGAAAAUAAACCCUCUGUGUGGUCUGACAGGUCGUUUCCUGGAGAUGCACAUGUACAUGACCUCGGCGCUCAGCAAGAACGACAUGAAGGCCAUCGGCCUGCAGAUGGCGCUGGACCUGCUCGCCAAGAAGGAGAAGAGAGACUCCAUCACAGGACUGAGGACCAGGACCCAGCCUGGAAGACCCGAGUGGGGGAAGGUGAGACCCACGCCGCAGGGGCCGAAAUGUAUCAUGAUCAAGUUAAUAAUCAAUCAAUCAAUAAUCAAUAAAGAGCUUUAAACACCUGCAAAUAUACAACUGAUCAAUAAUCGAUAAUAAUAAUCAACAAGCAGGUGUUUGUGGUUUUAAUUGAUUAUUGAUCGGUUGUUUGUUCUCAGGUGUUUCAGACUCUGUAUUGAUUAUUGAUCGGUUGUUUGUUCUCAGGUGUUUCAGACUCUGUAUUGAUUAUUGAUCGGUUGUUUGUUCUCAGGUGUUUCAGACUCUGUAUAGAUUAUUGAUCGGCUGUUUGUUCUCAGGUGUUUCAGACUCUGUAUUGAUUAUUGAUCGGUUGUUUGUUCUCAGGUGUUUCAGACUCUGUAUUGAUUAUUGAUCGGUUGUUUGUUCUCAGGUGUUUCAGACUCUGUAUUGAUUAUUGAUCGGUUGUUUGUUCUCAGGUGUUUCAGACUCUGUAUUGAUUAUUGAUCGGUUGUUUGUUCUCAGGUGUUUCAGACUCUGUAUUGAUUAUUGAUCGGUUGUUUGUUCUCAGGUGUUUCAGACUCUGUAUUGAUUAUUGAUCGGUUGUUUGUUCUCAGGUGUUUCAGAAGGUGUCGGAGGAGAAGAAGGGGAAGGUUCACGUCUUUUAUUGCGGCUCUCCUGCUCUGGCUAAAGUCAUUAAAGCUCAGUGUGAACAUUUCGGCUUCAACUUCUACAAGGAGAACUUCUGA